AUGCCCCCGAAGAAUACGGCCUCUGCAAAGGCCGACGGCAGUACUGGCGUCAGGGCUAGGAAGGAGGGCGGAAAAUUCUCUUGGACCGCGGAGAACGAGCGCAAGGUGCAUCUACUCCCUUCCAGAUCACAUCACGUACCUAACCACCGCAGCUCCUCCUCUUCACCCACCCAUUCGCAACCGUCUCCACUGCUGAAUUCGAGAAGCUCCUGGAGCAUUUUCCCGGCACGCACUAACAUGAACGGCAUCAAGAUCCGGUACUCCCGCCUGCGCAUUGAGAAGAACAAGCUCGCAGAGGAAUACGGCUUCGCUGGCAUAGGCAAUGGUGCGCUUACCGGCGAGGACCGAUCCAAGGAGACACCCAACAAGAUUACAGCUAGGGGCAAGAAGCGCGCAUCUGAUGGAGAGGACGGCGCUACUACGCCUGUGAAGAAGGGCAAGAGGGAAAAGAUGGUGGAGAACGAGGCUCCUAGCAAUGAUCUUGGUGAGGUGAAGAAGGAGGAAGAGGACGAGAUCUAA